AUGCAGUCAUUCUUAGGAAGUCUGAACUACUAUAGUCAAUUUAUUGAAGACUACGCGAUCUAUGCAUCAGUUCUGUAUGAAUUGCGAGAACUUGAGUUUGUUGCGAUGUCAAAGGAGGCUACCCAAGCGCGGAUCCAACAAGUACUGGAAGUGGACGACGCAGAUCAAGGAUCGCAGAGAGAUCGGGGUGGCAACCACCGAAAGGCCUUGGAUCUGGAGGCGCCCGACCCUAUUGAGGUGGAUCCGCUGGUGGUGUACGCUAGCGACUGGGCCAUCUCGGGAGCCUUGAUGCAAGAAUACGACCGGAUCUACUACCCCGUGACGUUUGCAAGCUGUACUCUGAAGUCGAAUGAGCUAAACUAUCAUUUGUUAAUUAUCUCACUGGCAGAUAGGACACGCCUGUCUGCCUGGUAG